AUGGAGAAGCACACGGCCCCCGUCCGCGCGGUCACGCUGCUCCUCCUCAUAUGCAUCCUCGCUACCCAGGCGCGAUGCCGGGCCAUGGACGAUGGCAGCGAGAAGAUCAGUUUGCCCUACGGGCUGUGCGUCUAUGAUAAGAGGUCAUUUGCGUGCAAGGGCGAGCGCUGCUACUGCUGUCGCGUGGCCGUGGAAGUUUGCUAUUUGUCGAUGGACGAGUGCAUGAAGGAGUGCGUCAAGAAAAUGGGCGGCGGUGGCAACGCCUCUCCGAUAGCUUAG